UCAUGUUUGCAAAAUGCAAAUGGCCGACAAACCUAUACAUGGCAUUUUUUGGUUUUAUUUGUUAAAAUAAGUUGUGCUAAAUGUUUAACGCCGACGAAGAAUAAAUAUAUAAUCAUUAAACAGUGAAAGGCAAAAAGUAAAAGGCGCGCAGCAUGUCGCUGCCGCCGUACCUGCUAGGGCCCAACCCCUGGGCCACCAUGAUGGCGCAGCAGCAGCUUGCGGCAGCCCAACAGGCCGCAUUACAAGCUCACGCUGCCGCGGCUGCCGCUGCACCUCCGGUACCGCCAUCGCAGCCCCCAAAACCCCAUCACAUACCAGAAGAAAAGAUAAAGGAAAAAACCCAAAAAUGGCUUCAGCUCCAAUCAAAACGAUUUGCCGAAAAGCGAAAAUUCGGCUUCGUGGAUGCUCAAAAAGAAGACAUGCCUCCUGAGCACAUAAGAAAGAUCAUCCGGGAUCAUGGUGACAUGACUAGUCGUAAAUACCGCCAUGACAAGCGUGUAUACCUAGGCGCGUUAAAAUACAUGCCACACGCAGUCAUGAAGCUUCUAGAAAAUAUGCCCAUGCCUUGGGAACAAAUCAGAGACGUCAAAGUACUGUAUCAUAUCACGGGAGCGAUCACAUUCGUGAAUGAAAUCCCUUGGGUAAUAGAGCCAGUGUAUAUCGCGCAGUGGGGCACCAUGUGGAUCAUGAUGCGGCGAGAGAAGCGUGAUCGUAGACACUUUAAGAGAAUGAGGUUCCCGCCAUUCGAUGAUGAGGAACCACCACUGGAUUAUGCAGAUAACGUGCUUGAUGUGGAACCGUUGGAGCCCAUACAGAUUGAGCUGGAUGCUGAUGAAGAUGCAGCGGUUGCUUCUUGGUUCUAUGAUCACAAACCACUCAUUGGUACGAAACAUGUCAAUGGCUCUACAUACAGACGAUGGAAUCUGACUCUGCCACAGAUGGCAACGCUGUACCGCCUCGCAAACCAACUAUUGACUGACUUGGUCGACGAUAACUACUUCUAUCUAUUCGACUCGAAGAGUUUCUUCACAGCAAAAGCUCUCAACAUGGCGAUACCUGGCGGUCCGAAGUUUGAGCCACUGGUGAAGGACAACUCGGUGGGCGAUGAAGACUGGAAUGAGUUCAAUGAUAUUAACAAGAUUAUCAUUCGUCAACCAAUCAGAACCGAGUACAGGAUCGCGUUCCCAUACUUGUACAACAAUUUGCCACAUUUCGUCCAGUUAUCUUGGUAUCACACACCGAAUGUGGUAUACAUUAAGACUGAAGAUCCUGAUCUCCCGGCGUUCUACUUUGAUCCAUUGAUCAAUCCCAUUUCACAUCGCCACUCCGUGAAGUCUCUGGACCCUAUACCUGAUGAGGAAGAGUUUCUACUGCCAGAGGAUGUGUCUCCAUUCUUACAAGAGACUGCACUGUAUACCGAUAAUACUGCAAAUGGAAUAUCCCUGUUGUGGGCUCCGAGACCAUUUAACAUGCGAUCAGGACGUACGCGGCGAGCGAUAGACGUGCCCUUAGUGAAGACUUGGUACAAAGAACACUGCCCCCCAAGCCAACCUGUCAAGGUGCGAGUCUCGUAUCAAAAGCUGUUGAAAUACUAUGUGCUGAAUGCGCUAAAACACAGACCACCAAAGCCACAAAAGAAGAGAUACCUGUUCCGUUCAUUCAAAUCGACGAAGUUCUUCCAAACAACGACGCUCGACUGGGUGGAAGCCGGUCUGCAGGUUUGCCGACAGGGCUACAACAUGCUCAACCUGCUGAUCCAUCGCAAGAACCUUAACUACCUUCACUUGGACUACAACUUCAAUCUGAAGCCUGUGAAAACACUCACCACUAAAGAGCGAAAGAAGUCGCGUUUCGGAAAUGCAUUCCACUUGUGCCGCGAGAUCCUGCGUCUAACGAAGCUGAUCGUGGACUCUCACGUGCAAUACCGGCUGAACAAUGUGGACUCGUUCCAACUGGCCGACGGGCUGCAGUACAUCUUCGCACACGUUGGCCAGCUGACGGGAAUGUACCGGUACAAAUACAAACUGAUGAGACAGAUCAGGAUGUGCAAGGAUCUGAAGCAUUUGAUCUACUACAGAUUUAAUACGGGCCCAGUAUCAAAAGGCCCAGGUUGUGGUUUCUGGGCACCGGGCUGGCGCGUGUGGUUGUUCUUCAUGCGCGGCAUUACGCCGCUGCUCGAGCGCUGGCUCGGCAACUUACUCUCCCGACAGUUCGAGGGACGACAUUCCAAAGGUGUUGCUAAAACGGUGACAAAACAGCGCGUCGAAUCUCACUUCGACUUGGAGCUGCGCGCGUCGGUGAUGCACGACAUAGUGGACAUGAUGCCUGAGGGUAUCAAGCAGAACAAGGCGAGAACUAUCCUGCAGCACUUGUCAGAGGCGUGGCGGUGUUGGAAGGCGAAUAUUCCUUGGAAGGUGCCCGGCCUGCCCACCCCGAUUGAGAACAUGAUUCUCCGCUACGUGAAGAUGAAGGCUGAUUGGUGGACGAACACUGCGCACUACAACCGCGAGCGAAUCCGCCGCGGCGCCACCGUCGACAAGACCGUCUGUAAGAAGAACCUUGGACGACUGACGAGGCUGUACCUCAAGGCGGAACAGGAGAGACAGCAUAACUAUCUGAAGGAUGGUCCGUACAUCUCGCCUGAAGAAGCCGUCGCGAUAUACACAACGACAGUGCAUUGGCUGGAAUCGCGAAGAUUCGCACCGAUCCCAUUCCCGCCUCUCUCAUACAAACAUGACACUAAACUGCUGAUCUUAGCCCUGGAGAGGCUCAAAGAAGCUUACAGCGUCAAAUCGCGGCUGAACCAAAGUCAGAGAGAAGAGUUGGGGCUUAUCGAGCAGGCUUAUGACAAUCCUCACGAAGCGUUGUCGAGAAUCAAGCGUCAUCUACUAACUCAGAGGACUUUCAGAGAAGUCGGCAUAGAGUUCAUGGACCUCUACUCUCACCUGGUGCCUGUCUACGACGUGGAGCCUCUAGAGAAGAUCACGGACGCGUAUCUGGACCAGUAUCUGUGGUACGAGGCGGACAAGCGGCGCCUGCUGCCGCCAUGGGUGAAGCCCGCCGACACAGAGCCCUCACCGCUGCUCGUAUACAAGUGGUGUCAAGGCAUCAACAACCUGCAAGACGUGUGGGAGGUUGGCGAGGGAGAGUGCAACGUGCUGUUAGAGUCGAGGUUUGAGAAGCUGUAUGAGAAGAUUGAUUUGACGCUGCUUAACAGACUGCUGCGGUUGAUAGUUGACCACAACAUCGCUGACUACAUGACCGCUAAGAACAACGUCGUUAUAAACUACAAGGACAUGAACCACACGAACUCUUACGGGAUCAUUCGAGGUCUACAAUUCGCAUCGUUCAUCGUACAAUACUACGGACUAGUACUGGACCUGCUCGUGUUGGGUCUGCAGCGUGCCAGCGAGAUGGCCGGCCCGCCGCAGCUGCCCAACGACUUCCUGUCCUAUCAGGAUAGACAGACUGAGACCGUGCAUCCCAUCAGGCUCUACUGCCGAUAUAUAGACAGAAUUCACAUAUUCUUCAGGUUCACGGCUGAGGAAGCGCGCGACCUCAUCCAGCGAUAUUUGACCGAGCACCCUGAUCCCAACAAUGAGAACAUUGUGGGUUAUAAUAACAAGAAAUGUUGGCCGAGGGACGCGCGCAUGCGUCUCAUGAAACAUGAUGUCAAUCUCGGUCGCGCAGUAUUCUGGGACAUAAAGAACCGUCUCCCGCGCUCUGUCACCACGAUCCAAUGGGAGAACAGUUUCGUCUCAGUUUACUCGAAGGACAAUCCUAACUUGCUAUUCAACAUGGCUGGCUUUGAAUGCAGAAUUUUGCCAAAGUGUCGCAGCCAGCACGAGGAACUGUCCCAUCGCGACGGCGUGUGGAACCUUCAGAACGAAGUGACGAAGGAGCGCACUGCGCAGUGUUACCUGCGCGUCGACGACGACUCGCUCGCGCGCUUCCACAACCGCGUGCGGCAGAUACUCAUGGCGUCCGGCUCCACUACCUUCACGAAGAUUGUCAAUAAGUGGAACACGGCGCUGAUUGGUCUGAUGACGUAUUUCCGUGAGGCCGUGGUGAACACGCAAGAACUCCUUGACCUCCUCGUGAAGUGCGAGAACAAGAUCCAAACUCGCAUCAAGAUCGGUCUCAACUCCAAAAUGCCCUCGAGGUUCCCGCCGGUGGUGUUCUACACGCCAAAAGAGCUCGGCGGGCUCGGAAUGUUAUCUAUGGGCCACGUUUUGAUUCCACAGUCUGAUCUCCGCUGGUCGAAGCAAACGGACGUGGGCAUCACCCACUUCCGUUCAGGUAUGUCGCACGACGAGGACCAGUUGAUUCCCAAUCUGUACCGGUACAUCCAACCGUGGGAGGCGGAGUUCGUGGACUCGCAGCGCGUAUGGGCCGAGUACGCGCUCAAGAGACAGGAAGCGAACGCGCAGAACAGGCGCUUGACCCUGGAAGACUUGGAAGACUCAUGGGAUAGAGAUCCCCGUAUUAACACGCUGUUCCAGAAAGACAGGCACACGCUCGCGUACGAUAAGGGAUGGCGUAUACGCACUGAAUUCAAACAGUACCAAGUCCUGAAACAGAAUCCCUUCUGGUGGACGCACCAGAGACACGACGGUAAAUUGUGGAACCUAAACAACUACCGCACGGACAUGAUACAGGCGCUCGGCGGAGUGGAGGGCAUCCUCGAACACACUCUGUUCAAGGGCACUUACUUCCCCACUUGGGAGGGUUUGUUCUGGGAGAAGGCGUCAGGUUUUGAAGAGUCGAUGAAGUACAAGAAGCUGACCAACGCGCAGCGCUCCGGUCUCAACCAGAUCCCGAACCGUCGUUUCACGCUGUGGUGGUCGCCCACAAUCAACAGAGCCAACGUGUACGUCGGUUUCCAGGUGCAAUUGGAUUUGACGGGAAUAUUCAUGCACGGCAAGAUCCCGACAUUGAAGAUUUCACUCAUCCAGAUAUUCAGAGCUCACUUGUGGCAGAAGGUGCAUGAGUCUAUUGUCAUGGACUUGUGCCAGGUGUUCGAUCAAGAACUAGACGCACUGGAGAUAGAGACGGUACAGAAGGAGACCAUCCAUCCAAGGAAGUCGUACAAGAUGAACUCAUCAUGCGCGGAUAUUCUACUGUUCUCCGCUUACAAGUGGAAUGUCUCUAGGCCGUCGCUGCUGGCUGAUACCAAAGACACAAUGGACAACACUACAACACAGAAGUACUGGCUGGACAUCCAGCUCCGCUGGGGCGACUACGACUCGCACGACGUGGAGCGGUACGCGCGCGCCAAGUUCCUUGACUACACCACCGACAACAUGUCCAUAUAUCCCUCGCCCACCGGGUUGCUCAUCGCGAUAGAUCUCGCUUACAACUUGCACAGUGCGUAUGGCAACUGGUUCCCGGGAUGCAAGCCUCUCAUCCAGCAGGCCAUGGCCAAGAUCAUGAAGGCCAACCCUGCUUUAUACGUAUUGCGUGAACGCAUCCGUAAAGCACUACAGCUGUACUCCUCGGAACCCACUGAGCCAUACCUCUCCAGCCAGAAUUAUGGAGAACUGUUCUCCAAUCAAAUCAUUUGGUUCGUGGACGACACAAACGUGUACCGCGUGACGAUUCACAAAACAUUCGAGGGCAACUUGACGACAAAGCCAAUCAACGGCGCCAUCUUCAUAUUCAACCCGCGCACUGGACAGUUGUUCCUCAAGAUCAUUCACACGAGCGUGUGGGCCGGACAGAAACGUCUUGGACAGCUCGCCAAAUGGAAAACGGCCGAAGAAGUGGCGGCUUUGAUUCGUUCGUUACCCGUGGAAGAGCAGCCCAAACAGAUCAUUGUCACCAGAAAGGGAAUGUUGGACCCACUCGAGGUGCACUUGCUGGACUUCCCGAACAUUGUGAUCAAGGGUUCGGAACUUCAGCUGCCGUUCCAAGCUUGUCUCAAGGUGGAGAAGUUCGGCGAUCUCAUCCUAAAAGCCACCGAGCCUCAGAUGGUCCUCUUCAAUCUGUAUGACGACUGGCUAAAGACAAUCUCAUCUUACACGGCAUUCAGCAGACUGAUUCUGAUCCUGCGAGCCCUCCACGUAAACACGGAGCGAACUAAAGUGCUCCUGAAACCAGACAAGACUACGCUAACGGAGCCGCAUCACAUCUGGCCGACGUUGUCUGAUGAUGACUGGAUCAAAGUGGAGGUGCAGCUCAAGGAUCUUAUACUUGCUGAUUAUGGCAAGAAGAAUAACGUGAACGUAGCAUCGCUAACACAGUCCGAGAUCCGUGACAUUAUCCUUGGUAUGGAGAUAUCCGCGCCGUCUGCGCAGCGACAACAGAUCGCUGAGAUCGAGAAACAGAGCAAGGAGCAGAGCCAGCUUACGGCGACCACCACGCGCACCGUCAACAAGCAUGGCGACGAGAUCAUCACAUCAACCACUAGCAAUUACGAGUCGCAGACGUUCAGUUCGAAGACAGAAUGGCGUGUGCGUGCCAUCUCGGCGACGAACCUUCACCUACGUACAAACCACAUUUACGUGAGCUCGGAUGACAUCAAAGAAAGCGGCUAUACAUACAUUCUACCCAAGAACUUGCUCAAGAAAUUCGUCACUAUCUCUGAUUUGAGAGCUCAGAUCGCGUGCUACCUGUACGGCGUGUCGCCGAGCGACAACCCGCAGGUGCGUGAGGUGCAGUGCGCGGUGGUGCCGCCGCAGUGGGGCACGCACCAGGCCGUGCAUCUGCCGCGCCAGCUGCCCAAGCAUCCCGCACUCGCUCAUCUACAACCACUCGGCUGGAUGCACACGCAACCCAACGAACUGCCGCAACUAUCGCCGCAAGACAUAACAACACACGCGAAAAUAAUGGCAGAGAAUCCGUCGUGGGACGGCGAGAAGACAAUCAUAAUCACAUGCUCUUUCACGCCAGGGUCAUGUUCCCUUACCGCGUACAAACUGACCCCUAGCGGGUACGAAUGGGGCAUGCGCAACACCGACCGCGGCAACAACCCCAAGGGGUACUUGCCGAGCCACUAUGAGAGGGUGCAGAUGUUAUUAUCAGACAGAUUCUUGGGAUACUUCAUGGUUCCUUCGCAGGGUAGCUGGAAUUAUAACUUUAUGGGCGUCCGUCACGAUCCAAACAUGAAAUACGGCGUACAGCUGGGCAACCCGCGUGAGUUCUACCACGAGGUGCAUCGACCAGCUCACUUCAUGAACUUCGCAGCGAUGGAGGACGCCACCGCGCCCACACUCGCCGCCGAUCGCGAGGACUUGUUUGCGUAAACUUACACAUUUUAAACGUUGGUGUGUAGUGAGAAAUGUGUACAUAAGAAUACAUUUUUAAUUAAUAAAUAUAAUACAAGUAA